GCGCAUGAGGCUGUUUCUCCUGUCCUGUGCGUGUUUAUAAAGCUGUAACUUAAUAUCAGGAAGACGGUAAUUCACCGGAGCGCUUGCGGAGUACUUGUCGCCACUUGGCCGCUGUUGAGAGCGGUGUAGCCGGGUUGCAAUGCUGGGACGGUUCGCUGCGAUGGAGAGCACGCACUAACCGGAUUUGGAAUUGUGUUUUUUUCCCCACUGGAUUACCCUAUUUUUAACCAGCUUGGAUCUUAUCCUAUUGAUAUUUUCCUUGUUUUUUCUGGCAGCGUGGAGUACUUUGAAAAUGCCUACAAAAACCAAAUACAACCUCGUUGAUGAUGGGCAUGAUUUGAGGAUCCCGUUGCACAACGAGGAAGCGUUCCAGCAUGGGAUCAACUUCGAGGCAAAGUAUAUCGGCAGCCUGGACGUGACACGGCCGAGCAGCCGAGUGGAGAUUGUGGCUGCGAUGAGAAGGAUACGGUAUGAGUUCAAGGUGAAAAACAUCAAGAAGAAAAAAGUCAACAUUGUGGUGUCAGUGGAUGGAGUCAAAGUCACCCUGAGGAAAAAGAAAAAAAAGAAGGAGUGGACAUGGGAUGAGAGCAAGAUGAUGGUGAUGCAGGAUCCCAUUUACAGGAUAUUCUAUGUCUCUCAUGACUCCCAGGAUCUGAAGAUUUUCAGCUACAUCGCCAGAGACGGUCAGAGUAACGUCUUUCGCUGCAAUGUCUUCAAGUCCAAGAAGAAGAGCCAGGCCAUGCGUAUUGUUCGGACUGUCGGCCAGGCGUUCGAGGUUUGCCACAAACUGAGUCUGCAGCACACGCAGCAGAACGCAGACGGCCAGGAGGACUGCCACAGCGAAAAGAACGGCGACUCCUCUGUCACAGCUCGAGAGCUAACAGGAGCAGAAAAAACGGCGUCAGUCACUGAAGAGACAGACAUCGACGCAGAGGAGACGGUCCAGGUGCCAGCAGCAGAGGAGUUAAAUUCCAACAGAGGAGUGACGGAUCUGGACGCCACUGUCAAGACGACCGAACUGAACCACACAGAGAGCAAGCCGUCAGAGGAGGCCUCUCUGCUGAUCUCCAGCCCCAGGAUGCUGCUCCCUGCUUCAGGCACACUGCCACCAGGUGCCCCCCUCUCUGUCCACCACCAGAUCCAGCUGCUCCAACAGCAACUCCAGCAGCAGCAGCAACAGACACAAGUGGCUGUGGCACAGGUCCACCUGUUGAAGGACCAGCUGAGUGCAGAGGCCACGGCUCGACUAGAGGCUCAGGCUCGAGUUCAUCAGCUGCUGCUGCAGAACAAAGACCUGCUCCAGCACAUCUCCCUGCUGGUUAAACAGAUCCAGGAGCUCGAGACCAAGAUGUCUGGACCAAACUCAAUGGGAUCUCAGGACAGUUUGCUGGAGAUUACCUUCAGGUCUACAAUACCUCCUGUGAUCUGUGACCCAACCACACCAAAACCAGAAGUCUCUGCUCUCAAUCUACCUGCUUUGGGCCCUAAUGACGUGACCAGCAACGCCUUCUCAUCCACCAACGGGACCGUGGGGAGUCCUCUAGUCGAUCAAAGUAUGUUUGAGAACUCCAUCGCCCAGCAGCAGAGUCCUCAGACCUCCAGGCCAGGCCACCCCUCAUCUCGACGCUCCCCGGCAUCAGCUAAUCCAAACCUGGGGUCAAGCUCGGUGGACUCUCCAUCCUCCGGAGGCCAACAGAGGCUUAAAAAUGCCAUUAAUCUGGGCAAGGCUGUCGGUGCAAAGGUAAACGACUUGUUAAGAAGAAAGGAGCCAAGCCACCUCGGGGACAUCGGGGUUACUGAAGUUAAUAAGAGCGUUGGGGCUGUUUGGAGCCAUAUGGACCAACUCAACCAGACCACUGCUAACAGUCACAUCUCCUCCUUCGACUCCUUCCCUCGUCUCGACCCGCCACCCCCGUCUGGGAAGAAGCGUCUGCCCCGGGCUCUGAAAACCACCCAGGACAUGAUGAUCUCCUCUGAUCCCGUGGUCUCCUCUCCAGAUGCUGCUGACACCACCUCCUUCCUCUCCUCUCCUGAUAAGGCGCCACUCAUCACCGAAGAGGAGCCGCAGCGGGGCGAGACGGAGGGAGACGGGUCAGAGGAGAUCACGAAAGCAGAGGAGAAAGUUGCAGCUGAGCUGGAGACGACGGGAAGCAACAGUAAAGUUGAUGGAGUGACAGAUGGAGGUAAAGAUGAUGUGGAAAACACAGAAGGAGGUGUGGAAGAGCAUCAGACACAGCUCCAGCUCUCUGUUCCUGACCUCAUCAACAAAGAUCCCCCACUGCUGGAGUCUAGAGCUAAAUCCUGCGACGUCUGGCAGAAGGCGCCGGGGCCGGACUCCCGUCUGGCCUCCACUCCCCGCUCGGGGAAAACUCCCUGCCGCAUCAGCCUGGGUGAGGACGUCCUGCUGGGGAACGGCGCUCCCUGCAGUAAAGUAACCACAGUGAGCGCUGAAGACUCAGAGCAUCACCCAGACCUGCUCUCCUUUGAGUGAUUCUCAAAUCCAGGGUCAGAUACAGGCUCAGAAAGUUUGUAUUUCAAGAGGUGAUUCAAGCAGACUGUCGAUCAAAUAUUUACCGCCUCUUUUAAAUAUGUAACUUGACCUGCUCCGGGGGUUUUCUUCAAGGAAAAGGGAACAAGGGCUUCCAAGAGCCGGGGCAGGGACCAGAUCUGGUUUUUUUUAAAAUAUUUUAGAGAUGUAGUGAAGUCAAAGGUAACAGAAACGGCUGAGUAAGUCCAGCUUAUGUCUAAAAAGAUGUGGGAAAAAAAGCAAGUAGUAAGAGAAGAAAUGGAUUUUAGGUUAAUAAUGAAGCAGAAUGAUUUACAAUGUUAUCAUUUCAAAAGGAAAUUUAAGAGCUAUUGUUUUAUAAUAGUGUUUUUAUGAUGUUGAAGCUUUUUACACAGGUUUAUAACAUUUAAAUCUGCCUUGGGAAUGCAAUAACACCAGAUAAUAUAUCAUGAAUGUAAUGAAAUGUCCCUGUAAAUGGGUUUGAAAUGUUAAACCUUUUCAUUUUUACCUAAUAGACUAAAAACACAACUUAAACCUGAAAAAUUCAAACAUGUUGUGUUGUACAUUUGGAUUUUUUUCUACAACUGCUUGCCAGUAUAUAUAAUAUUAUAAUAUUUGUAUGUGUUUUUAUUGUAUCAUCAAUCUUUUUUUGGCAUUUUUAGAAUCAUUUAAAGGGACAUUUGUACUUAUUCUCAUAUUGUAAGUCCAUUUUACACAGCAGCUGCUACAAUGAAACCAAUAACACUAGUAUGAGCUUUAUAGUAAUAAUGAAGUCAGUACAGAAGUUUCUAAAUAUGAGCACAAUGGAUACCAGUAGGUGUAGAUUCAGUCGGAGUCGAAGGAAGUAAGGGAGAGACCGAUGCUGCAUGAAUGUGGAGGUGUUAGACACUGAGUGGGUUUUGCCAGAGUUCACAUUUCAUUCACUUUGUACAAUUUGUCAAGUUGCUGUCUCUGCCUGAGAUCGAUCAGGACAGGAGGAGACCUUUUGACCCUCGAUCUGUUUCGCUUUCUAAACAUCUAUUUAGUUCAGUUUUGCGGCAACAUUAACAGAACUCGUCCUCUUCCUACACUCGCCUAUGGCGCCAACUGUGACCCUGAAAUUGACCUUUAAAAGCUCCCAGAGAGCAAGAAUAUUUUACAGAAAUCUAAAUAACAGCAACAAAACAACUGUUUGGCAGUUUUUUUGUUACUGGAAGCAAAUUCUAAACUUUCAGAGUUUUUAAAAUGUCUCACUAGACAAUGCAGACUAAUCUUUUGUAUCCGUAGGACAUAAAACCCACUUAACAGGCUCUUAAUCAGCUCUUUUCUGUUAUUUGUGUUUCCAGAUUUGUCCAACAAAACUCCCAGUGAAAUUUUCCAUCUGGUCUUAGCCAGAAGCCCCAUGCUUUUUGCACCUAGUAGCAGAGACCAUCUAGUCUGUGCUAGAGUGGAAUAAGCACAUGAUUAUUAAACAGAAGGGCUUUAGUUCUUCCACAGGCUUCAGAGAAGGAGCUGAUAUGUUAAAAAGAUGAUUCGCUGCUGGAUUACAAGCAAACGUUUCAGCGCAGACUGCAUCUUCAAUUCCCCUCCUUCUUACAGGGAGUCAACCCUGAUUGGUUUCUUGGAAUGGGACGUCCCACGCAUGUUAAUCUUUGGUAAAUCAAUGUAAAUUGUCCAUAUGAUUUUUAAUUGCAUUAAAAGGCAAGGCAAAAAUAACUUUCAGAAAUGUGACAUUAAAAAAGAGUCAUAUUUGCUCUGCAUUUCUAGCAAAUUGUUAUUUAAAAGUCAGGGGUAAAUCUUCAAAUACUAUCUGAAUAACUAAUAUAAAAAAUAUCCCUAUGACUUAUACACAGAAUGCAUUUAAACAUGGGUAUCCUGUCUGUGCUAAACAACAGAUGGACAUAAUAGAAUUUACUAUUAAAGGUGUAGUGUGUAAUAUUUAGCCUACUAGCAUUUAGCAAAGCAAACCUGGUGAAAAUGGACCGCAGUAUUUAGAAAUCUACAUCUAUAAAUACGUGUUUGAUCACCUGACUAUAUAAAAUUGCAUUUUCUUCAUCAACUUAACAAGCCGUUUAUUCAUCCAGAGUCCCCUCCAUGGACUCUGCCAUCUUGGAUUUUUGCAACUUGCAUGAUUUUACAAUACCACAGAAGGGACCAAAUAAUUUAAAAACUUGUAGUGUGGGCCCCCAAGAGAUCAUUCUAGGUUAAGAGAUGUGAAGUUGGUUUCAGAGCAUCUCUUUAUUCUGUAAUGCUACAGUCCUGUCACCUGGCAGUAAUGCUUUCCGCUUUUUUGUUUUUUUAAUGGCCAUUAGCAAAAUACAUUUAAAGUCACUGCAGGCCCCCUCUGGUCACAUUAGAACUGGACAGUGGUAAAAAUGAUGUAAAAAAAAAAAUAUACUCCUAAAAUGAGAUUUAAGUCAUGCCAAACUUUGGAUUUGUAAGAAUUAAAGGAUAUUUAGCCGUUCAAAAAUCAUCCUAUCCCUAUUAUUCAUGGUAUUGAGAGCCACUUAGCAUCAUUUUGUGUCUUUUACAGUUGCAGAAAAUAAUUGUUUGAGGCUUAUUCUGAUUUUAAAUCUUUAAAAUGUUUUCAGGGCAAUAUGGGCAAUGUGUUCAAAUUCUCUUGCCCCCCUUUUUCUUAUUUUAUAUAUAAUUUUUCCUCUUCAAAUAUGUCAACAGAAGCAGGAUUUGUUUGCACCCUUUCCUUUCACCUUCAAUCAGCCGUCUCUAACAGACACAGAACAGUUUAUUUUUGGCACUGAAGUCUGAAAAGUUUAACGAGCUUCUCAUGACUAUCAUUUCCAAUUGUUGCUCCCUGACAAAAUUCCUCCUCCUCCUCCUGAACUGAGAGUGGACCCUGUCAAAACCCAGAGCAGACGUGUAGAGGGAUGGAUGGGCAGAUGGGCGGUAUGUGGAGGGCGGGCUGCUGAAAGUUGUCUGGGAGAAAAGAGAGGCAGAGAUAAUGAGCUGUCAACAGAGAGAGAUGAAAGAGGUGCGUUUGAUUCAUGUGAAUAAUUAAGCCACACACCAAAGACACAAAUUAGCGUAUCAGUCAGACAGGUUGCUUUUAUCGUGUUGAGAAAUCACUCUGAUAGUUUGUUCUUUUUUUUAAGUUUAAGCUGGGAGCUGUCUGAGUAAUAAAAGAAGCAACAGUUAUUACAGAAGGUAUUUUUACUCAAUCAAAAUGAUGAAAAAGUAAAAAACCAAAGGCAACAUUGGUUAAAAAGCUGAGCAUAUAUUUGUCUUAAAUCUUUCAAAUCAAUAACAAUCAGCUACAGAUUAAAGAUACAAUUAAAAAGAUCAGUUAGGGUAAUUAUUUGAAGACUAUCCAUCUAAAGUAUCUACGAUCUUUAUCCCAUUUAGGGCUUUGGGGGUCUGGAGCCUGUUCCAACUGUCAUUAAGCGAGCGACAGUGUACACCUUAGACUGGUUUCCAGUCAACCACAUAGCGGCAGACAAGCAGCCAAGCUCACAUUCACACCUACGGGCAAUUUAGAGUCACCAGAUUACCUGGACAGAUCAAUCCAAGGGCCUUCUCACUGUGAGACAACAGCACUAACAUACAGACUAACAUACUGUGUUAAAAUAUGCAUAGUGACUGCCCUCUACAGGCAGAAACCCAGCCACUGCAAUUGAAUUUGUGUACUGGUUUUCAUCACCACAGAGCCUGCCCAUUUUUCCACAGCUGUUUAUUUCAUUAGAAGAAGCCGAUAGCCAAAAUUGUAACAGUGGGGUCAAACUUACCAGUGACUACCUAGGAUUGUGGGUAGUGUAGUUCUCAUGCAAAUAAGCCUUGUUUUUUUUCUGAAUAUGAAGCUGGCAAACUUGUGUCACCCACUUAAGAAUCCUCUGUAGUAAAAAAAAAAAAAAAAAGCAACUGAUAAAUUUAGAAGUAACAGCCGACAGCAGAAGUUUGUGAGUAACAGCAGGCUCCACCAGUCAGAGAUUUCUCUGUGAUGUUUAGCAUUGUGGGUUGUGUAGUUCUUGCACCCAAGACUGCAAGUAAACUCUUUCUUUCUUAAAACAAUGUUAACAUACAAACUAGGGAUGUGCCAAUGCAUUGGUUUAACAUCAACAUCAAACGGCCUUGUAGAAAAACAUGGGACAUCAGCAUAAUGUGGCAUGAGGAGAUGCCAGUAGCCAGCGUUCAUCAGUGUUUGCUGGCAUUACUUUUGUAACUACUUGUGUUUACAUACUGAGAAAAUUAAUUUGUUCCCCAAUGAUAGAAUGAACAUGCAAGAGUACUUUUACAUUACCAAGUAUUAAAACCCUUUGACCUUCUGGCAUCUAUGUAUAUUAUGUCUACGUCUUGUUCCUGUACAGCUCUUUAACAAGUUUACAAUCUAAUUGGAACAGCUGCACCGCUGAAUCAUGAAAACAAAGCGGGAGCUUUUGAACUCAAGAUACUUUUCUUGUACCUUUUUCUCCAAAAUCUUACAUAAUAAGGAUAGUUCCGCGGUAUAAUGCCGUCCUCUGUGCCAUCUCACUAGCUCAGUACACUAGCGCCACGCGCCUACUAGCACAGAGUGUUUACCUUUGUUGGCAUGCCGCUUUUAACCAACGUGCGUACAGGAAAGAAGGAAGGACAAACUAUCAGGAUGCUUCAAGAAGCUUCUUUUUUUUUCUUUCUCAGUUUUUUCCAUAGCCAGAAGAGAAAGGAAAUUGGUUUUUUUUUUCCGUCAACAACAGAUUACUUUUAUGAAUAAGUAACUAAUACCAGAUCACUUGAAAUUUAAAGAAAUGAAUUACCCACAACACUAGUUUAUCUGUUGUGUCCAAUUGAUGCACAUGUAGAUCAGCUAACUGCUGAUUCAAAGAGCUUUUUACUAGGCAAAAUAAGUCACCUGUUCUGUUGAGCAACCUCUGAUCUUUAUCCAUGGUCAAGCAUGAGACAAAAUUUUGGCAUAGCAGGAGUCUUACACGAAAAGGAAGUGAUGAAAAGUAGGAUUUGCCUUUCCGAGCACACACUGACAGCAGCGCGGUCGAACCUCCCACCAGCCACUGCAUGGCCAGGUGUUUGAUACCAGAGGCCUCCCACUUAUUCUACACCUCGAAAGGAAGAUGGCAUUGGUGCUUAAACUCUAUUUUUCAUGCUCUCAAACAGAGCUGCUUCUAAGGUAGCUGAGAUAGAAAAAAUAGCUGUUCUUGAAGAAAAAAAACAUUUUUCAAGCAGCGACAAGCCACACCAGCAAUAGCAACACCGCCAGUAUGGGUUUGCUCAUAGAAAAUAAUGAGGCUAUCGUUUCAACGUGCAUCGGACAGUGCCAGUAUGUUCUGGGCUUAAUACGACCUUGUUUCUUCUACAGAGACCUACUACUGUUUUAUAUGCAGGUAAUUAAUGUUAAGUCCGCUUUAGGUGGUCAUGACAUUAUGGCUUAUAAUUAAAUCAUAAUUAAAUCUGCAAAAGGCUCAAUACUGUUGUUGCUAAUUGGGGCAAUAGAAAAGAGUGAGGAGGCUUGUCUUAUGCACCUCAGCUGAAACUUGGGGCUUUAGUUCCUCUUUAACAUACAGUUUUUUUCUGCUGGAUUAAUCGCUCUGUUCCAACCUCCUCUGUUCUGCUGCAGGAGGUGCAGAAUCAAGCUGUGACGCUUGUUUUCACACAAUCAGAAAGGAAAUCAGCAGUUUUUCCACACUUUGAUCCAAGCUUUUGUUCUGUACUUCUGUGUGGAAGAUGGAGAACAGUGGUCAAUUCUCCUUUAAGUUCCUAUAUAGGCCUCUGUGAGUGACCGCUGUGUCCUUCCAGAGAUUUCCUGAACCUUACAAAAAAGAGGAGAAAACUCUCGGAUGACACUAAGGCGGACAUACAGCCAGAUGUAGCUGCGGUCAGGUCGUGCCCGGCAGAAUGGGAGGAAUGUGGAGCUGGACUCUGUUAGAGAAAGGAAGCUUUGUCUCUGAAUGUCCUUGAGGAUCCUCUUUUAAAGUGUCUUUUUAAAGUGAUUGUUAAACAGCUGAUGUCCAAAUUACAAACACUCCAUGGACCUCUCUGCUGGGAAUCCUUUUAAAAUCUGAAUAAUAACUGUUUGCAUUCAGGUGUUAGUAGAAACUAAUGCUGCUGUAGAGCUCUUCACGUGUCAUUUCUCCUGGGCUUUUAGAGGCACACUCACAUUUAUCUCCUGUGUGAGAGCUGGGCAGAUGUUUCAGCAAGUGGAUAUUUGCAAAACAAAACAAUUCCCAUUGUCCCAUUAUGAAGUAUCACAAACAUGGGAAAAUGUUUUGACAUCUGGUUGAAGUAAGCCAAGAGGAAAAAAAAGACAGGAGGGUAGAAAGAGGGGAAAUGUUUUGAAAAUGAAUAAACAGUUUGAACCUUCAAAAUAAGACAAAGAAAAAAAAUCCUCUGUGAUGAAGAUUUAACUUUGACUCUAGUUUGUAGGGAUGUACCAUUAAUUUUUACAGUACCAUUCAUAAUGCAAUCAUCUGAAUAGGGAAGAAAGGAGAUUAAAGUGGCCUUGAACGUGUCAUGGUUGUUGGUGGUCUGGCAGGAUUUCAUUUGUCAGUGCUACAUUCUUACCCUGCCAUUUAAAUGUUACAGCUGAAAUUGAGACUCAUCGGACCAGGCGACAGUUUUCCAGUCCCAAAUUGGUGAGCCCAUGUGAACUGUAGUCUCAGUUUCCUGUCGUAGCCUGAAGGAGUUGGUGCCUAUUGUGGUCUUUUGCUGCUGUAGUCUAUCUGCUUCAAAGUCGGAUGUGCUUUGCAUUUGCAGCUGUUUCAGACUGGGUGCAUGUGUUUCAUUUCUGCAUAUUUACAAGUGUGAGCGUGUCUCAUGCAGAUUCCAGAAAAUUGAAGGCAGACCUAUUUUUCCAGGAGCUAUGUGCAUCUCUGUGCCAAACUAGACAGGAAACUGAUAAAUGGAGAACCGUAUUUAGCUUGUUAUAGCAGACGUGUAUCUCCUGUGUGGCAUUCAUGUGGAGAAAUGCACCUUUGUAUGGAAUGCCUUUAUUCUGAUUUCCCCUCUCAGUUAUACAGCAGAUUGUAAUUUGUAGCGACAUUUCUUUAGGUAAAACUAAAGAAAAAGACGGCUAUGACAGCAGGGCGACACAACGCACCUUGCAAAGCAGAUAGAUUGGCCAGAUUCCUUGUCUGUCAUCAUGCAGUUACCUAUCUUGAAAGGUCCAGUCUAAACAAUUGUGCCUGGUCUGAGAACGGGCCUGAUCAUUCGGCAUCAUUUGCAAGGAGGCUGUGGAUGUGUUUGGUUGUACUGCAGACAGUGUAGCGUUGAGGUCGGGUGUGGCUACAAUGGCACUUUGGUCUGAACUGGACAACAUUUCUUUAUCAAAGAAAGGGCAGAAAAACUUCUGAGAACUUUUCUUGGUGGAAAAGACGCUUAUGUUCUUUUCCAAACCAGCUUAGUUAUGAGUUUGAUUCUGGCUCCAGUAAUAGUUAGAGCGCGAGCUAGAGCUGACAUGCACCCAGGCUGACAUGGGUCUCAAGCCUGAAACACACAACAGUUUUACAAAUCUUAACCAUUUUUAAUGUAAGACACCUCAAAUGAUGACAUAUAAUUACAGAUUCAACCAUUCUCCACUCUCAAAACUCCAAAUCUGGCAUUGUCAGACGCAACUUUAGAGUAAACAAUCUAAAUUUGGCUAGCUGUUAGUUUCCUGCUACACCAGUGUGAGUGCAGUAUGUUUUACAGUACAUGUUGUUUAAACACUCCUAAAGUUGUUCCUGUUCAUUGCCAUGGCAUUGUUUGUUGUGCUUCCUCCUUUGGUCAGUUUGCUUCCUGAUUGGCUAAUGUUCUGUUCAAUCCUGCUCAUUCUUGCUUGGCUGUCCUCGUUGUUUCCCCACCCAACAGGAUCAUAACUGUAGAUGUUUUGUAUACACAUUCUCGACUUGGAGCGGCUCUGGUCAUUGUAUGAGCAGGUCAGAGAGGGAAUGAGCACUCUAUGUACACCAAAGGAAAAUCUGUCAGGAUAAUCUUAAGAACCAUCGGAUAAUCAGGACUUUGCCGACUUUGGUCAGGGUGGGGAAAUCUGACCCAGAAUCGGUAUAGUUAUCUUGCAGUGUUUGCCAGGCUUUAGAGAUGCUCUUCUGAUACCCCAGUUCAAGUGCUUUGAGAUAUAUAGUUAACUUUUUAUCAGCUUAAACCAGUCUGGCUGUUCUGCUCCGACCUCUGCCAUCAACAAGGCAUUAUUGCCCAAAGAGCUGCAACUAUGUGGAUGUUUUCCCUUUUUCAGACAUUUCUCUUUAAAAUUCCUGCAUAUCAGUAGUUUGUGGACAUAUUCAGACAGCCAUGGUCUAUUCGAAGUCACUUUAGCCACCUUUCUUCUCCAUUCUGAUGCUCAGUUUGAACUUUAAACAGAUUGUCUUGACCUUGUCUGCAGGCCUAAAUGCCCUGGUUUCUGCCUUGUGAUUUGCUGAUUAGAUAUUUGCUUUAGUUGAAUGAGAAUUGGUAUACCUAAUGAAGUGAACAGUGCCUGCAUUUUUGCCACAUGGAUUCAUACUGUCCUAGUGUAAUUCAUAGUGUUAUAUUUUUAAAUAAUUCCGUAAAUGAGUAUAAAUGAAUCAAGAAAUUAAAGUUUAAUGGAGAAAAAACUUCCUUUAUGAGUCAGCGCUCAGCUAACCUGCUUUGUCAGGUCUCUGUGGCUCUUAGAUUUUGACUGACGGGGCUGAAAACAUGAGUAGAAACACGCCAACCUGUCAUCACAUUUGAUUUAAAAGUUGCACAGUGAGCCCCUUUUAUUUCACACCAGCAGGAGAAUCACAAAGCAUACCAAAUGCACAGAAAUUUACCACUGAAAAAGAAAUGCUGUUGUCAUGUAAGACUCCAUCUGACAAAGUAUGUCUCUUCAGCUUUAAAACUUUCGAAAGUGUCGAAAUCUUCUGCGUCACUGAGGUUGUUCUGCAGAUUCAAUCUGUCCCUCAGCUCACAGAUAAAUGCUACACGCCUGAAUAAACCCCGUAUCGGAGAGGAAACCUUUAAUAUCACUUCAAACUGACAGCAGCUGCUUGUAUUGAGCCGGAAGCUAAAAGCAAUAAAACCCUGUAUGAAUGCUCGGAGGAUGUGAGGCUGUCUGCUUUCUCUUUUAGCAAAAUCAGAAAAAAACAUACUUUUUUUUUUUUUAACAAAGCAGCUUUAACCCAUUAAAAUGCUUCUUUUUAAACCACUAACGUUGAUUUAUUUUGUAUUUCCAAUGAUGGAGGAGUAGUGUACAUUUUAUGAUAAAUAUUUUAUUACUCUUUUUAUGGUAUGUGUGAAUAUAUAAAUCUGUUUUUGCUCUAACAAAUGAAGGAAAGUGAUUGUAUUUUGAUAUACUCAGUCAUAGAAUCUAGUUAUUUAGAGUUUGAUAAAAGAUUAAAUGAUCUUGCUUUCUUUUUUAUAUAUGUGUUGUUGAAUCUGUUGUUUUUGUAAAGCUGGUCGACAUUAUUUCAGCCAAUUUUGAUUAAUGAAGGACUUUAAUGCUGCACAUAACAGACUUCAGGCAUAAAUGGACUGCUAAAGCAAACCUGGGAUGUACUCUUUUUAUGGAUUUUAUCUAAAAACUGCUGCAAACUAAAUGAUUUUUAUUCUAUGUGAUGAAAAUAUGUUACAAAAAUCAAAGUUGAUGAUUCGUUAUGUUUGAUUUUCUUAUUGUUUUAAAUGGGGAUGUAAUAACUCCUGUAAUGAUUGUAAUCUUUGAAAGAAAUCUGGAAAUAUACCCUGAUUAUGA